AUCAGCUGCUUGCGACAUGAGUUGCCUAUACUUAGAAAAAAUAAUACAGCUAACGAAAACUCGCAAUAACUUUACAACCUCACUUUUUAAUGAACUUAUCUGCAAGAAAAUAGACAAGAUGCUGCGACGUCCACCAACAAACGUUGAACUGAAACUGGACGACAUCCUCGAGUACAACACCAUGAAAAAGGAACAGGAGAGCUCCAAAGAUCCAAGUGAUUCGAAAUCCUUCAACACUCCACCAACAUGGAACGCUGGUCCAAAGAGCAAAUCCGAGGUGUAUAAACGUGUUGGAUACAUCCCUCCAGCCACCAGUCCCAUAUACUGAUUCUAUUACUUCUUCAAGACAUCAAUAAAAGUUUCUCGUGGCAAUGAAAUAUUCGCCACCAUGCGCAUCUUCUUUUUACCAGCCGCCUGUUGUGCCAAAAGUUUCAUACGCC